AAGUAAUGCAGUCACUGUGUUUCAGUGCAUUCGAAGACAUCGGCGCGUUAAUAACGGUUGACGGUUAAAUUUUAAUUAUUAAAUAAAAUCUAUACAAAAAUAAAAACCGAAAAAUAUACAAAUUUAUAAAACAAAAAUAUUAUUACAAAUACAAAAACAAAAGGAUUUAUAUUAUUUAAAGAUUUUUUUGUUUAACAAAAAGUUAUUACAUUAUUUGUGAGACAAAAUGUUGAAACUGCUCUCCCUAGCGACACUUCUAACAUUUUCCAUUACUAUUGCGGCUGCUGGUAGUAUUGACGGUUAUCACUAUGAUAAACCUACAAUAUCAUUAGGUUUGGUAUCACAUCCCACAAAUCUAGGACAUGGUCAUAGUUUUGGUCCAAUACCGACAACACAACCCUUACCACCAGUUCCCUCUAUACCAGCUCUACCCACACCACGUGCCAACAAGGGUCCAAUCGUACAAACACGAACAUUAUUGCAAACUCAUCCAGCUACUACGACAACGAAAAUAGUGCCAAGCACUUAUUUACCCUCACCCGGUACAGCUGUAACUAAAAUAGCACAACAAUAUCAAACGCCUGGUCUACAAUCACCACCACGUCCAGCUACGUCUACACCAUCAGCUCCUGCUGUGCGUUCUACAACUAAUGGAUUUGGCUUUUCAUCACGCUCUACCGUGGGUACCGGUCUAAAUCCAACUGUUCAUAAACCAGCUCCUCCACCAAGUCAACCUUUGCGUGUGCCCUUCGGUAAACAGUAUGCUGUUAUUGAAAUUAUCGAUAAUGACCUUGAACAAAAUAAUCAUCCCUUCUUGAGCUCACCAUUCAUUGAUACCUUCCGUGCUCAUAUAGGAGCCUCCGGUACAGGUGCCACUCCUGGACCUGUUGGUGGUAUACAAAUCGGAACUAGAUCUGGUGCUUCUCUAUUAGGACAACAGCGUUCAUCUGCUCAAAGCGCUUCCGGUGAUGCUGUAGCAUUGGGUUCUGGUGGUUUGGGUUUUAUUCGCCUUGCUAAUGGUAAUGUUUAUUUGGGUUCUGGUUCCUUGGGCUACGUUAGUGGCCAACAACAUUCUCAAGAAAUUAAUGAGGCUCGCACACGUACGGGAGCACCUCAGCCAGAUCCUUUACAUUUUGGUCAUGGUGCUUUGGGUACUCCACCAUUUCACAGAUUUGUUUAUAGAUUUUAAUAAAUACUAACAAACUUAAGCUAAUUGAACACAUACAUACAUACAUACAACCUAAUAAUUGUUAAAUAUAUAUAAUAUUUUUGUUUGUAAACUAUUGACUUAUUUGUAAAAAAAACUAUUACUUUAUACAUCUCUACAAUAAUUUUAUACAAAUGUACAUAAAAAUAGUUAGUUAUGACAGUAUGUAAAUAAUAAUGAGCAACAUUUAUUUUACAAAUACGAUUUAUCUGCUUGUUUAUAAAUUGUACGAAGAUAUUUUUGUUUUAUAUGGAUUUUAUUUUUUAAAAAAUUAAAAAUUUGUUAAUAAAAAAUUU